UUUUAAUACAUAUAUGAAUAACAUUUUAAAAAAAAGACUAUUUACCACCCCUGAAUAAAGUUAAUAAAAACAAGAUUAAGAAGAAGAGCUACCUAACCCAAUGGUUGAUUCAUUUUUUUCAUAAAAAUCAUAAAAUACAUUGAAAUCAAAUUCUAGUCCACCAAAAAAUAUUAAAUUAAUUCUCAAAAGUGAUAAGAAACCUUUUUUUGUUAAACCACAAUAGUAUUAACUCUUAAGAAAUGUUUAAGAUAAUUAAACUAAAUUAGAAAAGAAGUAUGAUUAAUUAGAUUGCUUAAUUCCUUCUAUAAAAUUGAUUUAGGUUAAUGAAAAAUAACAUCAAAGUGAAUGUUUUAAUGGAGAAGAAGCCAUAAUAGAUUAUAAAAUCUAUUUUAAUUAAUGUCAUGAAAUUAGAAAUAUUUAUUAUAUGACAGCAAUAGGUUAUAAAUUGGGAAUCGAAGAAGUAUAAGAAACUUAAGAAAUUUAAAUGUAAAAUAGCAUACCUGUAUCUGAGAGAAUGUCAAUCUCAUUAAGAGCUAAGUAAUAAUUCUAAAAAGCAAAAAAUAAGAUAAAAAAAAUAAAUUUAGUAUCUGAAAUUUCUAAGGAAGAUCCAGAUGAAGAAAAAAGAUUGAAAAAAGAUAGAGAAAAUUCUGAUCAUAUAAAUUAAUUACUUAAUGAUCCUACUAAUAUUAUUAAAAACGAACAUUUGUUGGGAGAGUUAAUAGGUUAAACUAAAGUUGUGAAUACAUAUUAAAAUUAAGAAAAUAAUUAAAUAAAUUAAGAACCAAAAAAUAUUGAACAGAAAAAGUAAAAAGUAAAUAUCUUUAUAAAUAAAUCACUAAUUACUCAUUUGAUGAGUAGUUUAGUUGUUUUUGUAUUAAUUGUUAUUUCAGCAUAUAUAAAAACAACAAAGGGAUUUAAAAUAUAAGUGGAAGAUUUAUGA